UUCAAAGGUGUAAUCGACAGGACAGGAGACAUUUUUUAAAUGAUUUGACUUUUAGUUCGCAUUCGGUACUUCCGGAACGCUUUGCGGUAACCGGUGUUGUUGCACGGACCCAUUGUCGCGCAACGCGUCGCCGAGAGCACAGUUCCGUGUCUGAGCUGAGGCGAUGGAGAAGCUGAAGGGGUUUGAGUUCUGGGGGAAGACUCUUCGUGCUGCACGCUUCGUCCUCGCGCCCAUGGUGGACCAGAGCGAGCUCGCGUGGAGGCUCCUGAGCCGCAGACACGGGGCUCAGCUGUGCUACACGCCGAUGUUGCACGCGCAGGUUUUUGUCCGUGACGCCAAUUACCGGCGUGAAAAUCUGUACAACGAAGUGAGCCCCGAGGACCGUCCUCUCAUCACACAGUUCUGUGCAAACGACCCGGAGGUGUUUGUCCAGGCAGCACUUUUAGCUCAGGAAUACUGCGAUGCCAUCGACCUGAAUUUAGGAUGCCCUCAGAUGAUCGCUAAACGAGGUCACUAUGGUGUUUUUCUGCAGGAUGAGUGGGACCUGCUGGAGAGAAUGAUUAAAUUAGCCAACGAAAAGCUCUCUGUGCCCAUCACAUGCAAAAUACGGGUUUUCCCAGAGGUCGAGAAAACUGUGAAAUAUGCCAAGAUGCUGGAAAAAGCGGGUUGCCAGCUGCUCACCGUUCACGGCAGAACCAAAGACCAGAAAGGAGCGCUGACCGGAGUGGCGAGUUGGGUGCACAUUAAAGCCGUACGAGAAGCUGUAAACAUCCCGGUUUUUGCUAACGGAAACAUUCAGCAUCUGAAUGACGUGCAGCGCUGCAUGGAGGAGACGGGAGUGCAGGGCAUCAUGAGUGCAGAGGGGAACUUGCACAACCCCGCACUGUUUGAGGGCCGUAACCCGCCUGUAUGGGAGAUGGUCGGGGAAUAUCUGGAGGUGGUGAAGACACACAUGCCCAGCACGUUAUCACAUGUCCGAGCUCAUCUUUUUAAACUCUGGCACCACACAUUACAGAUCCAUCAGGACCUGAGAGAGGAUCUUGCCAAAGCAAAGAACCUGGCAGGAAUUGAGGAGGUGAACAGACAGCUAAAGCAGCGUUGCCAGGAGGAGAUGGAGAAGGACGAAUCGGAGCGGCGUCACACCGGACUCCCUUUUCCUCAUUGGAUCUGUCAGCCAUACGUCAGACCGGCGCCGAAGGAUCCGAGCGUUGAGAACGGCGUGAAGGCGGCGAGUGGGAAACGAGCGCUGGAGGACAGCGACAGCUCCAACGACUCGCUCUCUAAGAACAAGCAGAAGAAGAAAGUCAGGAACCCGCAGAAGAACUUCUGCCCCGAGUUCAAACCAAAGUACAUCAAAUGUGAGCAAUGUGGAAAUCCCAAAGGGAAUAAGUGCGUCUUUAACCUGUGUCGUGGCUGCUGUAAGAAAAAAGCCUUUAAGGAAGUCGCAGAUUGUCCGGGUCACGGCUUGAGGUUUAAGACGAAGGCGCAGGCGCAGAAGCUCGCCGCCCCGGCGGAGACGCCAAUCUCGUCGUAAACGGGUUUCCUGGCAAUCUCGUGCUGUGAACCCGACACGACGAGCGCGUCUUCCUCAUUGACACAUGCAUUGAAACCGAAUACUGCUGCUGAACAUUAAAAAACAUAGACAUGCUUUAGACAGGAACGAAUGGCGUACAGGAUUAAAUAAUCACACGCACCGGUAAACCCUGUAUCUCGCAGAGACGGAAUUUUGUACGUAGGGUUUUCACGGAGUCGUGAAAGUUGCCACUGUACCGUAAACCUCGGUGUUGCGUCUGUUUUACACUUCAAUCCUCAGAUAAUAAACGGAACAGACAGAAUACAGGGCGAAAUGAUUCAAAACUGAUCCAAAUCCUGUUUCUUUUAUGAAUUAAUUUAUUAACGUUUAGUUUUAACUGAUGUUCUAACGCUGCACCGUUCAGAAGGGAGAAAGCUUUUGGGAAAUCAGGACACGUGACGGCGGAGCUGAAGCGAACAGCACGUGAACUGGGAAUCCAGUGGGGUAACAAGAACCUGCUGCUCUACUGAAGGGUCGUUCCUGCCAUUUCCAUUGCUGUGUGUUUUUUUUUAACAUUGAGGUUUUUAAAGUGAAUAAAACUUUUAAAAAUUCUUUUAA